AUGAACGAUUGCCGAGACGAGGCCGCGUAUCGCGCCAAACUUGCGCAGGCAGAAAGUGAGAGCCGCGUCGUGUGCAUCAAGUUUUAUGCGUCGUGGUGCAGAGCGUGCAAAGCGAUGGCGCCAAAGUACAAGCGCGUGGCCGACGACUGGCCCGAGAUUGAGUUUUGCGAGGUGCUGUUCGACACCAACAAGGCGCUGUGCAAGGGCCUCGGCAUAAAGGUCCUCCCAUACAUAGAGAUCAGCUCGCUCAUGGAGAAGCUCGAGGUGCACUCUGGCUGCGAGGAGAUUCCGUGCACGAGCGUGGCAGACCAGCUUGAUAUGAUCGAGCGACUGUGA